GGAACUGGAAGGCCAUGCCACAAGCCUCUGAAUGUUGUAGGGUAGAGUGUGUUUAUUGAAUUGACACGCCCCAAUACCAUAGACGGAACCGGUGUCAAAACGGACGGCGACCCAAUCGUCAGGUAGCCUGUGGAAAGAUUUGACACUUCCAUGCACAGAGCCUGAACAAAGUUGACCGAAGACGGCGUCCUUCCUAGCUGCAAUGCUAGCAGCCACGGAGAAAUUCGAUUCAGGCAAGCUGUGCGGCACCAGCCUUCGCAAUAUUAAUGGAAGAGAGCCGAUCAACGAAGUAGGGACGUUACAUUCAGUGAUAUCGUUCCCCGUUAGCAUAGAAAGGGUUGGUGAGCCUGGACGAACCACUAUGUCAAGAAUGCCUUCAUUACAGUGGCCACAGUCAGGGAGGUGUAUCCAGGGUGACGCGAACAGUCUAUCCUCUACAUGAAACCGGCCAUGCAUACUAUUUGUAUCGUAGGGUUCGGGCCAGCAUCACUUUCAACGAGGUAGGUUUUU